UCGGCUCGUCUACGUCCGAAAAGCAAACGAACCGAUGAUCCAAGCAUUAGGGUUUCUGGUGUAUCAGCUUCGUCAUCGGGCACUCGUCAUCAAGUUCAUCUGCUCACCUCAACGAAUACCCACCCCUUACCAGCUGGUUGGGAAGCAUGCACUGAUCGGAAGGGUAGAACGUUCUACAUUGAUCACACCACUAAAAGGACAACUUGGCAACGGCCGUCACUUGAAAGCAAGGAAGUCGAACACCUGAAAAGACCGCCCUUGCCGCCUAUAACGCCUCACCGAUCGUCAAACACAUUUGUGCAUCGAAUACGAAAAAUGGAUUUCGUAGCGUUUGUCAAUCUGUUUGCCGAUGAUACCCAGCCAUUACCGAUGAACUGGCAGGCCAGUGGAAGAAAUCCGCUGGACAAAAACGGGAACUUGUUGGAUUUGGCGAGCCGUACGGCAGAGAUAGCGCUACUCGUCGAGGAGAGAUUGCCCGAAUUAGCGCCAAAGAUCAGGAAAAAACUGCGAUUGAUCGAGCGACUUGGAGCUGUUGCGUUAGCCAGACUAGCUAAUGACGUCGACUUGAUAACGGCUAUCAGUAUUCUCGACUCUGAUGAUCCAGCAGUGUCGAGUGAGUUCGAGGAAAAGCUCAAUCACUUUUACGCUUCACUGCAUCGUAGCGGUUACGGUAAAGGACCUCAGAAAGUGAAAUUUCGAUUCAGCCGUUCAAAUCUCCUCCAGGAUGCGUUCGACCAAAUCCUAGCGGCGGAUCCGGUCACGCUUCGCGUUCGACCAAAUCCUAGCGGCGGAUCCGGUCACGCUUCGACGAGCGAGGCUUUCGAUAGCGUUCGACGACGAAGAGGGUUCCCAUCCGGAUUCAAGAUGGAGCUAGCCGGGAGAGUUCUCGGUUUGGCUCUGCUUCAUCGAUGUCUUAUUGAUACAUUCUUCACAAGAACGUUCUAUAAGAUGCUUCUUGAGCAGCCAGUUACCGUACUCGAUCUGCAGGACGUCGACCAGGAAUUCUUUCGCAGUAUGAUGUGGAUACGCGAAAAUCCUAUUGAUAAAUCUCUUGGAAUGACUUUCGUCGUCACCGAGGAAGAGAACGGCCAGGUAAUUGAGAAGGAACUUCUGCCGAACGGUGCCGAUCUUGAUGUGUCCGAUCACAACAAGGAGGAGUUCAUCUCGUUGAUGGUGAAAUGGAGGGUUGAACGUGGCAUUCAGCGUCAGUCACGGGCUCUUCUGAGAGGGCUGCAUCAGAUUAUUGAUCGAGAUUUUCUGCGAGUAUUCACCGUCGAUCAGGUUGAGUUGGUCCUAUCAGGUUCAAGGGAAAUCGAUCUGGAAGACUGGAGGAAGAAUACGGAGUAUAGGUUCGUUACCGGCACGUCAAGUAUUCCAUUCGAAGGAUUCGCGAUGUUACGUGGAAGUAACGGACCAAAACGAUUCACUAUAGAAAAAUGGGGUGAAGAAUCAGCCUUACCAAGGGCACAUACGUGUUUCAAUCGCCUUGAUUUGCCAUCGUAUCCGACGAGGCACAUAUUGAAGGCCAAAUUACAUACUGCCAUCACUGAAGGAAUUAGUUAUGCAAUUGAAUGA